CUCGAGAGGGAGAUCACGGCUCUCAGGCAGCAGAACAAGGCAUGGAGACAAUGUGUGCACAUCAAAAAGGUGACCCAAAACUCCUUCCGAAACUCCCACUGAGCGAUCCGUUGACCAAUGGGGUUGACUCCCCGCAGCACAUGAGCUCAAGCGGCGAAGGAGAGCCGAGCGAACCGGGGCUGGAGAUGACACUAGAGGAGCUCGAGGGAGCUUCUCUGUCGCUGAUCGAAGCAGAAAUCCUUCUCUCCACUCUCGGAUCCAAACACAUGUGUCUCGAUCUGGUCAAGAAGUACGAAAUAGAACUGGAGAGAAUCGACCAGCAGCUACUGGAGCUGGGUCCGUACGCGCAGGACGCAUACGACGACGAAGAGAUGCCAGCCGUAGUCAGCACGCCUGUAGUUGUGUGUCCUCUUCCGCCUCCUCCCGACGUCAGGAAGGGACGGAGGGGCAGACAGACGGCAGCGCAGAAGGGAAACAGGCGUGCGUCGAGAGUCGAGGAGAUCUCUGAGGUUCAGAGAGGGGGCUGGAGGGGAGGAGGCUGGGCAGAAGUUUCGGAGCGACGGCAGGAAGAGAAGGAAGCUCCGAAGAAGAAAUGGCGGAAGGUCGGGAGUGCGGGGCCCGCGGUGAGGGGGAAGGAGGGGCAACUCGAUGCACAGUCGGACCCUCUGAAUGUGAGCUCGGCGAACCUGAUCCUCACACCGCCUGGAGGGCAACUGGGGUCAUGUGAUCCCAUCGCAACUCACCCACUAACUUCACCGGUCCCACAAAUCACGGGCGGAGUUGUCGGAGCUGCCAUGCCCAUGGGCGUGUCUGUGUCAAACCACCGCCCACUCCACCCCUAGUUGUAACACCUCUUCGCCUUCUGAGCUGCCGGGACACGCCCGAUCGCAACCCACCGCCCACUGGAGAGCAGUCCCCUCUUCUGGGGGAACCCCUGUUCAUCAAGACCACACCCGGGCAGACACCUCAGAAGAAAUUGACGUCACUAGAAUUGAUGAGGCCACACCCAAUGGACCACACCUAGGAGUGCCUGACAGAAAGUGGAAGGAGAGUCUGACGUCCGAACAUCAUCCCUCUCACACCAGAAGGUCGUACAGCUCAAAACCAGGGCACCAAACAGAUGUAGUGAUGGCAGAUCUCCACAGAGCCCAGUUCCCACCUUCUUCUCCACAGACCACCCCCCACCACCACGGAC